CCAAAUUAUGUUCUUUCAGAUUUUCUAUGGGACUUGCGCAGCUCAGAGGGAGGAAAGCUCGUAUAUCUGAAGAUGAACCAAGGGCGUUUUGGAGAACUUGAUAUCCUCUGGCCCUUGCAAAAUUUCUGGAGACUCCCCGACCAAUUCGAUCCAAGCCACAACUGGUAACCAGUCCGCGACCUAGCGUAUACCCGCUUCACGGCCGACCUUAUGUCGGAUGUGCAUUUGUGGACAAAGUUCCGUUUUCCCGUGCACCAGGACUGCGGAGUAUAGAGAUAUAAGUUGACGAUGAUCCUUUAUCCGAUAAUUUCUACAUUAGGUCCCAGUAGAAGAUGGUGUAUCUCUCUUCCAUCGUGUCUUCUGUUUUACUCGCUGCGACCACUGUCGUUGGGCACUCGGGAUCUGCUCCUAUGAGCGUCGCCGAGGUUUCUCGUCGUACCGAGCCUCAGCGAUCUGCAACUCGCUCGCUUGGAGCAUGCCAGGACGUCCUGUCUCGUCGUAAUAAAGCGGAGAAGUCAUCUACGCGUCGUGCGGCUUUGGCAGACGAACUUCGAAGGAAGCGUGGACUUGCUACUCGGGCUCCGUACAAUCGCGAGCUCGCUCAUUUGUCGAGGGAGGCGGAUCUCACAAUUGAGUCUGCUUCCUUCGGCGGACUCUCUGUUGUCACCCCUGAGAUUGAACGAGGGAUGCUCUACGUUGCGGGGGAGUACGUCCGUUCGACCGUCUCAGAGGAUCAGCAGGGUAUUUAUACCUACGUUGAUCUGGAGGUAAUUGAUGUAUCGAACUGCUCGGCUCUCCCCAACAUGUACGUCGACUUCUGGCAUUGCAAUUCGACUGGUGUGUACGCAGGAGUUCUCGAGUCCGGCAAUGGCGAUUCCAGCGAUCUUUCCAACUUGGAUAAAACAUUCCUCCGUGGCAUCCAACGAACGAACGAAGAGGGACAUGCAUCCUUCGAGACCAUCUUUCCAGGUCACUAUUCUGGACGUGCGACCCAUUUCAACACGGUCAUCCACAGCAGCGGAACCUUAUUUGACAACGGCACUUUCACGGCACCCCGAGAGCACCUCAUUGGCCAAAUUUUCGUUGACCAGGACUUGAUCCUCAUCGUCGAGGCUACCUCUCCAUACAACACCAACACCAUCGAGAUUACAACCAAUUCUAUUGAUCAGAUGUUCGGUAUGAUACCGGGCCAUCCUGUUCUCGAGUACAUUUUACUUGGCGAUGACAUCUCGGAUGGUUUGCUACUAUGGGGCACCAUUGGUGUCAAUAUGAGCGCAAGCUACGAAAUUCCGCCGGCUGCCACUUUAACUGGAAAUGGAGGUGUCAUCUACGAUCCUAGUUCUGCUGGGCAAGGCAACACAACUAGUGACGGAGCUGCCAGUGGCAACUCCACUACCGGAGACGGGUCUGCCGACUCGACUUCCUCCAGUGGCAACAGCACCACUCUUCUUCAUGGGGACUUGUUUUGUACUUGCACGUCUUACACGGGUGAAGAACUGGUGUAAUAUCUUGCUCUUCUUUACAUGAUUUAAGAAUAUGU